UUAUUACAGACGUCCCUGGGACGGUUGUAGUACAGUCUCUCGUUUGGACUUGUCGAGGAUAUAACCCGGUCCUCAGAUUCCUGGAUGACAGGUGACAACUAGUAACAAGACAGAGAGAUCGGUCACUUGUGGAAAUGUGCUGCUGCCUCGGUUUCCUGUUCACGCCGCUCCCCACGUCAAUUAUCGUUGCACUCAUCACAGUUGGGAUAUCAGCGUUCAUCUAUGUGCUCACCAAACCUAAACCCGUCUACCCCCCUAUAGACCUCAACAAGCAGUCCAUCGGAACAGAGGGUGGAGCUCGGAGAUGUGCGCUUCUGAAAGAUGACACCCUGAUGACACAUUACUACGAAGAUUCUAAAACGCUAUAUGAAGUGUUCCUGAGAGGUCAGCGGGUGUCAGGGAAUGGAGACUGCUUGGGAUCCCGUAGGCCGAACAAGCCCUAUACAUGGAUCACCUACAAACAGGUCGUUGACAGAGCGGAAUUUUUUGGCUCAGGCCUAUUGUACAAGGGAUGUAAAGCUUCCCCAGAACAAUUAAUUGGGGUGUUUUCUCAGAAUCGACCAGAGGUGGUGAUUGCUGAGCUGGCUUGUUAUUCCUACUCCAUGGCUGUGGUACCUCUCUAUGACACGCUAGGAUCGGAAGCCAUUGUGUUCAUUGUUAACAGAGCGGAACUGUCAGUGGUGAUCUGCGACAAACUGGACAAGGCCCAGAUCAUUCUGAACAACUGUGAAAAAGGACUAACCCCUGUGCUGAAAAUCGUCAUCCUGAUGGAGGAGUUUGGAGAUGACUUGAAGGAGAGGGGCGCCAAGUGUGGAGUGGAGGUUCUUCUUAUGAAAGACGUGGAGUACCUGGGAAAAGAGAACUUCAAGAAAAUUGUGCCGCCAAAACCAGAUGACCUGUGCCUAAUUUGCUUUACAAGCGGGACAACAGGUGACCCAAAAGGUGCCAUGCUGACUCACAGAAACGUUGUAGCUGAUGCUUCCAGUUUUAUAAAGAAUGUGGAGAGCACCUUUGCUCCAACGACCUCUGAUGUUGAAAUCUCUUAUCUGCCCAUGGCCCACAUGUUCGAGAGGGUGGUUCAGACAGUGAUCUUCUGCUCUGGAGCCAAAGUAGGAUUUUUCCAAGGGGACAUCCGUCUACUAACAGAUGAUAUGAAAGUUCUGAAGCCGACAGUGUUUCCCACUGUGCCAAGACUACUCAACCGUGUCUAUGACAAGAUACAAAGUGGAGCUCAGACACCAUUCAAGAAACGCCUGCUGGAGUUUGCUGUGGCGUGCAAGUUUGCUGAGACGAAGAAGGGCAUUAUCCGGAGAGACAGCAUCUGGGACAAACUGAUAUUCAAGAAGGUCCAGGAUACUAUGGGUGGACGUGUCCGAAUCAUGGUGACAGGUGCUGCCCCGAUAUCAGAGAAUGUUUUGUCCUUCCUAAGAGCCUCUCUGGGAUGUCAGAUAUUUGAAGCCUACGGACAGACAGAGUGCGGAGCGGGAUGUUCAUUGACUACACCGGGAGACUGGACAACUGGUCAUGUUGGGGCUCCUCUUCCAUGUAAUUUUCUGAAACUGGUGGAUGUAGCAGAUAUGAAUUAUUUCUACUCUAAUGGGGAAGGAGAGGUCUGUAUCAAAGGCCCCAACGUGUUUCAAGGUUAUCUGAAAGACCCAGAGAAGACAGCGGAGGCAGUCGAUGCGGAUGGUUGGUUGCACACAGGAGAUAUCGGCAAAUGGCUUCCCAAUGGGACCCUGAAGAUCAUCGACAGGAAGAAGAAUAUCUUUAAAUUGGCGCAGGGCGAGUACAUCGCUCCGGAGAAGAUAGAGAACGUAUAUAUCAGAAGCGGGCCCGUGGCUCAGGUGUUUGUACACGGUGAAAGUCUGCGGUCCUGUCUGGUGGGGGUUGUGAUUCCCGAUCCUGAGGUCUUGCCGGACUUUGCGACAAAGCUUGGCGCUCGUGGUUCGUUUGAGGAGCUUUGUAAAAACUCGACGGUGAAGAAAGCUAUACUGGAGGACUUGGUGAAGACAGGAAAACAGGCCGGACUGAAGUCUUUUGAGCAGGUGAAGGACAUUUAUGUGCACCAAGAGAUGAUGAGCGUUGAGAACGGUUUGCUGACCCCGACAUUGAAGGCCAAGAGAGCGGAGGUGGCAAAGCAUUUCAGAAGCCAGAUCGAUGAGAUGUACUCCAAGAUCCAGGAAUAAUGUGAACUGAUCUGGCACAAUACAUGCACUGGUACUUGGCACAACCACUGCCAUGCUGGAGGUGCCCCGGAAGGCAGAUUUGUCUUGUAAUAGCCAGGAUUGUUUUUAUUUCAGCUUCCAGCAAGUAUUGGGACAUCAAACAAACAUCGGGAUUCUAUGAAAGCCUUCCAGUGACUUUACAAAUGUGUAUCUAUGUAUACGCUGUACAGUAAUUCUGCUAAGUAUGUGGAAUCAUUUCAUUGUUAUUUUUUUAAGAAUUAAAGGUUUUCUCUCUGUCCUAGGA